AUGGCAGCCUUAAUCAGAUUAGCAAUUCUUCUAGGAGCGCUAGUCUCAGCAGCCACCCCCAUUACUUAUCCUGUAAGGAACCAAAACCAUGAACUUCUUGAUGCCAUUGCAGAGAUGCAAAGAGCCAACUACUUCACCUUUGUCACCCUAAUCAACAUGGUCUCUCUUGACCAAAGAAUCCAAACCAAUGUCACUUUCUUGAUGCCCAAUGACCGGAUGUUAUCAAGGACUUUGAUGCCACAAGGCACUGUUUUUGACUUCUUACUCCGCCAUUCAAUCCCAUCACCUCUGCUUUUUGAUUAUCUGCAGCAUAUCCCUACAGGUUCUAUCAUACCUAGUUCAUUGCCUGACUACAUGCUCAAAAUCUCAAACAAUGGUAGGAGAAAUUUCUCUCUGAACAAUGUGAAAAUCAUUAGCCCAAAUAUUUGUUCAGCAGGGUCUUCCAUUAGGUGCCAUGGCAUUGAUGGAGUUUUGUCACUAAAAGUGAUGCCAGAGAAUAAUUACACUUCUCCCCCCUCACCUUCUUGCUCUAACAGCUCAAGUCCUCCUGUUGCAGAGGCUAAAGCACCAGCUCCAUCUUUACCAUUGCCGGCAACACCAAUUGGUGAACUUAGUCCUACUCCAGCAACUGCCCCAACUCCAACUCAACCAAAUGCCAGGCCACACAAUUCAGGGUCUUCUCCAUGGUUGUCUCAUGGAGGAAUAUUGAAAUUCUUUGUGACCUGUGUGAUGGUGCUAAUAGUGGGGUCUAUCUAG